AUGGCUACUUCUUCCGUCCUCCGUAGGGCGUUGCUAUACGUUCCCGCGUCUUCCCAGAAGUUUAUGACCAAGUCACUCUCCUUGGCUAGUGACAAUAUCACAUAUGAUCUUGAGGACUCAGUGACUCCUGCAAACAAGCAGACCGCUCGCACACAACUGCGCGACCACCUGUCUUCACUUUCGAACAAGCCGGCUUCCAUUGGAGAGCUUGCUGUACGCAUCAAUGCUGUUUCGACCCCCUAUGCGCUUGAUGAUCUAACCACUCUCGCAAGCGCUCCGAACCUCGACGCCAUUGUUAUCCCAAAGGUCAACAGUGCUAGCGACUUGUCCUUCGUCACCGAUGUCAUCCGUCACGCAGCACCCCAGCGGCAUGCUUCAGAUCCCACGGCACACCCUCUCAAGUUGAUUGCCCUGAUCGAGUCAGCCAGAGCGGUGAUGGAUCUGCGCUCCAUCUGUGCUGCGUCGCCGUAUCUGAGUGGCCUAAUUUUUGCUGCUGAGGACUUUGCCUUGGACCUCUCCAUUACGCGAACACCAAGUUUGGCCGAGUUCCUGUACGCCAGAAGUGCCAUUGUGACUGCAGCCAGAGCAUAUGAUCUCCCAAGUGCCAUUGAUCUUGUCUGUACCUCGUACAAGGGCCCAGAGGGUGUAAAGCGGCUAGAAGAGGAGUCUCAGAAUGGCAAAGAAAUGGGCUUUAAUGGAAAACAAUGUAUCCAUCCUAGCCAGGUAGAAGUGGCCCAGAGAUUGUUCGCCCCAGGAGAGGCCGAGGUUGAGUGGUAUGUUCGUGUCCUUAUUGGCGAUGACAAGGCCUCUGCAGAGGGUCGAGGUGCUUGGACCUUGGAUGGAAAGAUGAUUGAUGCUCCUGUGGUUGGAAAGGCUCGGGCCGUAGUUGACAAGGCCGCAAAGUGUGGAAUGGACAUUGAAAGCAUCAAGGCGAAGUGGAAGAAUCAGAAGCCGGAAUGA